CAAAAUUGAAAUUGGCACAAAUUAUUGAAAGUUCGCGACCGAGUACAUUCAUAUGUAAACUUUACAUCUUUUAUAGAUACGUUAUCAUUAUUAAUUAUACAUCGAAUAUAAGGUUGUGCAUGAAAUCGUCACGCCUUCUGUUGUUGAUAAAUACUGUAUUGACUUCAGCUCCAGUGCGUUUGGAAUCGUCGACGAUAGCACACAUCUUUUUUUAGUGAUAAGAGAGCAAAGGAAUUUUUGUGGACUUAUAAUCGACUUUAAAAUUGUGUAUAAUGUCAGUAUUAAAUAACUUUUCUGUGUCAAUAGCAAAAGGACUACGCCGUCUCCGACAGAAUAAAGAGUUAAGCGAACGGUUGCUGCCGGGUGCGUCUACAAGACGUCACGGCUCCAAAGAUGGUAACACACGACUCAAGAUGGACAAGUGCCUUAUAGUUUCCAAGGUCACACGAUACGAAUACGAAAGGCAUAGUCAUGAUUAUAUAUCUGACAGUGAAUUGGAGACAGUACUCAGAAUGCGAGGCUCAGAUUUCGACUCAAUGCUGGCUAACCAUAAGGAACAGAAAGCAUUCGAAGAGAAUGUCGCGAAACGAUUGCGGGAAAUGGGUCAUCAAGUUGAAAUGGCCAGCAGGUUGACAUACAACGACGAGUUAAUUAACUGGUGCGAUGUGGUCGUGCCUUGUGGAGGAGAUGGCACCUUCCUGCUGGCUGCAUCCAGAGUUAGAGAUGCCAACAAGCCAGUGAUUGGCUUCAACAGUUUUCCUCACAAGUCGGUGGGUCGUCUCUGCCUACCCACCUGGUGCUCUAAUGACGUCAAAGGUGCGCUGCAUGCAUUGAAAGAGGGCAGGUUUAGAUGGAUGCGCCGGUCCAGGAUACGUACAACCAUCACCUGUGAGGCCAAGGUCCUGGACACCAUCACACCUGUAGACCUCCACACCUUACACUACUGCAGAUACCCGCCGAUGUCGAACAUCCACGAAAAUCAAGACGCACAAACAAAGGAGCAUGACGUCACAACUGCCAAUAGUCCCACUUUAUCCACUAAAGUGUUACCCUUCUUAGCGCUCAAUGAGGUGUUCAUAGGAGAGAGUGUGACGUCGCGAGUUUCGCUGCUGCGGUUGCAGAUCGACAAUGGUCAAUGGACACACACUAAGAGCUCCGGCUUGUGCGUUACAACGGGUACAGGCAGCACGUCAUGGCAUUUUAGCAUCAACUGCUUGAGGACGCAUUCGGUGCUCGAACUGAUGAAGAUAUUGGGUGAAGAGUUUGAUGUAAAGUUGGAGACGAGUGUGGAACGUGCGAGGGAGGUCGCAGAGAGAUACAACCAGAAGUUGAUGUUUGCACCGGAUUCAGAUCAGUUGGCGUACUCAGUGCGCGAGUACAUAACGUUUGAGGAGUGGCCCGUGCCGCGCGGGCUGCGGGUGCGCGACCGCGCCGCCGCCGUGCGCGUGCGCUCUCACUGCACUGACGCUGGUUUGGUGAUAGACGGCAGCGUGUCGUUCCCUUUCAACGAUGGUACUCAAGCUGCGCUCUCUGUGCACCCCGAAGACUCGCUGAUGACCGUACACAUGGACGACACAUUGCCCUACUGAAUACAAUAUAAAAAAAUAUAUUCAAAUUGAAGGCUUAAUUAACUCAGGUUAACUUGGAGACUG